UAUCUGCCGACAGGGCCUGAAGCCAGACUCAACUUGGCUCCUUUUGUCUCGCAACCACUGCAGUUGGUCUCCGCAGCUUCUAGUGCUUCUUCGACUGGUGGACCUGCAUCGUCCUCGCGCAGCUCGGUGUUCAGAAUGAGAAAUUCAGAUCGAUGCAAAGUUGGAGGAAGACUACGAUGGAGUAGAUCCUGUUUUCCUAGUCGUCCCACUAUCCCUUCAGAUUGCUGCAGUCCGAAUGAGUCGCCUUGUUCCCGUGGCAUUCGUAUUCAUUGGGAUGAAAUAGAGGAUGAAGCAGACGAAGAGGAGUCGAGAUGUCGCAUCGAUGACGUGGAUGAUGAUGAAGACGAUGAGGAUUAUGAUGAUUCAGUGGGUGACGCUGAUUUGGAAGGCUUCCCAUCAGGCCUUGAUAAGUCACCUCUCGGCCGUGAAGAUUAUGCUGAAGUGUACGAGGAUGCAACAGAUGAAUUCGGGGUUGAAGAAGCUGACGAAACACAUCGCUAUGACUAA